UUGAUUUGUGACAAACUGAUAAGAGAGCAAAAACAAACACUCAUCAAGAUCAAAAUACCUUCCCACCAGACAGCAACAACAUGAAUUUGGUUAAAUUUUACAAUCAAAUCAGAACAGUUCGAAGCAGGUUACUCCAAAUUCCGUCCGCUUAUGAUUGCAUAAUUCCGCGCCGUCCCUGCUCGUCGAACGCGCCUUCCACCGCAACCCAGAACCAGGACAAGAAGAAAUGCUCCCCGCGACCACCCAUCUCGUUCGGCCAACCGAUGCCGGUCACGCAUCCUCACCUGCUCGGCGAGUUUGAGCUGAUGCCGGGAUUUCGCCUGGCGGAAUUUCAAGCCCGCCGGAAGGCGCUGCUCGCGCUGGUCCGCAGCCAUACGGCCACGAAGGAGCACCUGAUUGUGGUUCCGUCGGCGAAUAAGAAGUACAUGAGCGACAAGAUUCCGUACGUGUUCCGGCAGAAUACGGAUUUUCUGUAUUUGAGCGGAUGUUUGGAGCCGGACAGCGUGCUGACGUUGGAGGUUGAUGGGGACGGGAAUGAGAAGUGUACGAUGUUUGUGAGGCCCAAGGAUAGGCACGCGGAGCUGUGGGACGGGCCGCGGACGGGGGUGGAGUUGGCGCCGGUUGUUUUUGGGGUUGAUGAGGCGGUUAAUGUGGGGGAGUUGAAGGGAUAUCUGACGAAGUACUCGUUUGGCCAUCCUUCGGGGAUGGUUUGGUUUGAUGAGAAGUGCUGCGACUUGGGUGAUGUGCGAAAGAUUGUCGGGGAUGUGGGGAAAUUGGAGGGGGUUCGAUCUCCGGCGGGGUUGAUUCACAAGUUGAGACUGAUCAAAUCUGAGGUGGAGAUGGAGUUGAUGAGGAUAACUUGUAGGGUUGCUUCAAAAGCCAUCAAUCGGACGAUGCAGGAGAGUCGACCUCAGCAGAGCGAGCACCAGCUGUUUGCCAAGGUGGAUUACUUCUGCCGGAUGGGAGGAGCAAGCUAUCUGGCGUACCCGCCGGUUGUGGCAGGGGGAGCGAAUGCCACCGUCAUUCACUACGUGAACAACAACCAGAUUGUCCGCGACGGGGAGAUGGUCCUGAUGGACGCUGGGUGUGAGUUUGGCGGUUACACCAGCGACAUCACCCGAACUUGGCCAAUCAACGGAGAGUUCAGCGAGCCGCAGCGAAUUCUGUACGAAGUCCUCGCCCAGGUACAGAAGGAACUGCUUGGAUGUCUUCAGCACGCCGGUGGCGAAACCCUGGAUCAGCUCUUCGACACGAUGUGCCUCAAACUCGGCAAAUACCUUCAAGAAGUUGGGCUGAUUCCGAAGAGUGCACAGGGCGUUGAGCUGGGACGGGCUGCGUACAAGUUCUGCCCUCACCACGUGUCGCACUACCUCGGAAUGGACGUCCACGACACGCCACUAAUUUCCAGGAGCAUCGGACUGACGCCGGGCAUGGUUUGCACCGUGGAACCGGGAAUCUACAUCGGCAAAGAUCGUCGCGACGUUCCGGAGGAAUUUCGCGGACUCGGGUUGCGAAUCGAAGACGACGUGCUCAUUCUGCCGGACAAGCAGAUCGAAGUGCUGACUGAGAGUUGCGUCAAAGACCUGCGACAGCUUGAGGCGCUCGUCAGCGGUAGGUGAAGUGGUAAGUUUUCUUCCAAAAUUUGAAUUUAAUUCAGAGCGCAUAAAUAUUUUGUAAAUAUAGAAACAAAAAAAUACA